CCCGAGUCUCGGCGAUGAUCAGCCCGGUCCUGGUGCUCUUCGGCUGCGACCUGUGUUUCGUGCGAGCCAGUGUGCAAAUCCUGUGAGCUCAGAAAUGCAUUUUCUGCAGUUCAUUCAGCAUCAAACUGUUCAAGGAACACUGCUUCUUCUAAUGCAGAACUGUAGCCUGGACACCAGGUCUCCUGUCACAGAGUCUCAGGGCUGCUGGCCUGGAUUGUGCAGCAAGUGUGCCUAGGAUGCAUGAGGUGUGGUGCACUGGCAAGCCAUGUGCAUUGUGGCUCCACUAUGCCCCCAUGUCCUCUCACCCUUCUCCUACUGACAGGCCACCAUCCCCUGUCAACGUGACUGUGACACAGCUGAAGGCAAACUCUGCCACGGUGUCCUGGGACGUACCAGAAGGAGACGUGGUCAUCGGCUAUGCCAUUCUACAGCAGAGGCAGGACGGACAGAUGCAGCGCUUCAUCCGUGAGGUGAACACCACCAACCGUGCCUGUGUGCUGUGGGACCUGGCAGAGGAUGCUGACUACAUCAUCCAGGUGCAGAGCAUUGGCCUGUAUGGGGAGAGCCAGGCUAGCAAGCGUGUCCACUUCCGCACCCUGAAGGAGACCGACCGCCUGCCUUCCAACAGCUCCAACCAAGGUGACAUCACCAUGGAAGGGCUGGACAAAGACCGGCAGCUGCAAACAGGCGAGAUUAUUAUCAUUGUGGCUGUGCUGCUCAUGUGGGCAGCGGUGAUCGCCCUGUUCUGCAGACAAUAUGAUAUCAUUAAGGAUAACGACUCCAACAACAACAAGGAGAAGACAAAGCCGUCUUCAGAGCAUAGCACGCCAGAACGACCAAGUGGAGGGCUGCUGCGGAGCAAGCUCUUGCCUUGCAGGGUGGUACCUGACCUCUGACUGUAACAGACCCUUCAUUGUGCCCCUCCAAGGCUGCACCUCUCCUGCAUUGAUGGACAGGUCUGGCUCUUGCCUGUUCACACAGGAGUGGACAUGCUAGGCAGCUAUUCUCACGGUUCCUGCACUGGUUUGUCACUUUUGCUCACUUUCUGCCUUCACUGCAGCUGGCUCUGGGUCAUCACCACACAAGUUUUUCCAGAGCCCCUUCCUCAUCCUGAUGAAAGUGCUGUGCCAGGCUGUGGAUGGCGAGGGAGCAGUACCUUCAUCUAGCUGCUCUCUGAGCACCUGACAUUUCUCCCUUUGUUACCUUCCAAAGACAGUGAUUUGUAGCCCUGAUGCUCUAAUGGGACCAUAUGUUAGGCCUUUGCUUGUGUCUCAUCUGCUGCCUCUGUCAAGGGUGGGAACUCCCCUCACUGUGCUGCCUGGCUGCCCCACUGAUCCCACAUCUUGGUUUCCAGUAGAUGUCAGGAGCAGAAACUUCUUGAUUGGACUUCAAGUCCCCAGUUCCCCUCCUCCAGAUUUUUCAGCUUGCUGAUUACUUCUUGCCAAAGAGAUCCCUCUUGGAUCCCUGCUCCAAACUGACCCUGGUCUGCUGGUCUUGAUGCCUGCCACAGGCUGAGAGGCUCUGACAUCAGGUCUGAUCCCAAGGGUGCAGCAAAGCAGGG